ACUUCACCUGGGUUUUUGCUUGUCCUGAAUACAAGAAAUGGCAGAAGGAGUUCUUUUCAAUAUUGCAGAACGGAUCGUUGUAAGACUUGGCAGCCGUGCUUUCCAACAGAUUGGAUCGAUUUGGGGUGUCCAAGAUGAGCUCAACAAGCUCAAGGAGACAGUUGCCGGAUUCCAAGCUGUUCUUCUUGACGCUGAGCAAAAGCAAGCCAACAACAAUGAAGUCAAACUGUGGCUCCAAAGCGUAGAAGAUGCAGUUUACGAAGCCAAUGACGUGCUGGAUGAGUUUAAUACUCAAGUUCAGCGGAGACAAGUGAUGCGUGGCAAUACUAAGCUGUCAAAUGAGGUGCGCCUUUUCUUUUCUAGCUCAAAUCAACUUGUUUUUGGGUUAGAGAUGAGUCAUAAGAUAAAAGAUAUUAACAAGAGGCUUACUGAGGUUGCAUCCCGUAGACCCAAUGACUUAAACAAUAAUCGUGAAGAUACAAGAUUUAUAUUCAGAGAGAGGGUCACUCACUCAUUUGUCCCUAAGGAAAAUAUUAUAGGGAGAGAUGAAGAUAAAAAGGCAAUUAUCCAACUUUUGUUGGAUCCCAUCCCAACCGAGAAUGUGUCAACCAUUUCCAUAGUUGGAUUUGGAGGAUUGGGGAAAACUGCACUUGCCCAACUCAUAUUCAACGAUGAGGUGAUUCAAAAUCAUUUUGAGUUGAAAAUAUGGACAUGUGUCUCUAAUGUAUUUGAGUUGGAUAUAGUUGUUAAGAAAAUCCUGAAAGUUGACAAGCUCGAUAAGAAGCAGCGUGAUAUGGUGGACGAGCUUAACAUGGAUCAACUGCAAAAUGAUCUUAGAAAAAAAGUAAAUGGGAAGAAAUACCUACUUGUGUUGGAUGAUGUGUGGAAUGAGGAACCACAGAAGUGGCUUAGCUUGAUGGACUUGUUAAAAGGUGGUGGAGAAGGUAGUAGAAUAUUAAUAACCACUCGUACUGAAACCGUUGCGAUUGCAUCACACACAACUAAACCGUACACCUUAAGGGGUUUGAAUGAAGUGCAAAGUUGGUCUUUAUUUAAGAAAAUGGCUUUUAAAGAUGGAAAAGAACCAGAUAAUUCAACAAUUAAGGCAGUUGGGAUGGAGGUUGCAAGAAAAUGUCAGGGAGUUCCACUCGCUAUAAGGACGAUAGGUGGGAUGUUGCGCACCAAACAUCAUGAAACAGAAUGGUUUAAUUUCAAAGAAAGGAAACUUUCAAAAAUAAGCCAGAACGAUUAUGAAAUUUUACCAACACUUAAACUAAGUUAUGAUGUGCUCCCAUCACAUUUGAAGCAUUGUUUUGCUUAUUGUAGCUUGUUCCCACCUGAUUAUGAGAUCUCUGUACCAAGAUUGAUUAGACUUUGGGUGGCACAAGGGUUCAUUGAGUCAUGCGACGAAAACGAGUGUUUGGAGGAUGUUGCGUUUGAAUAUUACGGGGAGUUGUUGUGCAGAUCGUUUUUUCAAGAAGAAAAAAUAGAUGAGUUUGGUAUAAUAAGUUGUAAAAUGCACGAUCUCAUGAAUGAACUUGCAAUCUUAGUGUCGGGGGUCGGAAGUGUCGUAGUUGAUCUAAACCGAAAGAAUUUUGAUGAAAAGCUUCGUCAUGUAUCUUUCAAUUUUGAUAUUGAUUUGUCGAAAUGGGAAGCGCCAACAUCCUUGCUAAAAGCAAGCAAGAUACGAACCUUUCUUUUUCUUCGGCAACAAGCUUGGGGUGAACACCAAAGUUCCUCACGUAAUGCAUUUUAUACUACAAUUGUUUCAAAUUUUAAGUCAUUGCGUAUGUUGAGUCUUAAUGAAUUGGGAAUUAAAAAAGUACCCAAAUGUCUUAAAAAAAUGAAACAUUUGAGAUAUCUUGAUCUUAGUGGGAAUCCCAUGAAGAGACUUCCAGAUUGGAUAGUUGGAAUGUCGAAUUUGGAAACACUAAAUCUCAGUUGGUGUGAAAGGCUUGUGGAAUUGCCUAGAGAUAUUAAAAAAAUGAUCAACUUGAGGCAUCUCAUCUUGGAAGGCUGUUAUGGAUUGAGUGGAAUGCCACGUGGAAUUGGUGAAUUGAAUGGUGUUCGUACAUUGAAUAGAUUUGUUUUGAGCGAAAGCAAUUGUUUGUGGAGGGGCGGUAGUGCUGGUCUUGCUGAGCUGGGGACCCUUAAGGAAUUAAGGGGAGGGUUAGUCAUUGACAAUUUGAGGCAUGUGGUGUCAGAAUCAAAUGUUGGUACACCUCUCAAGGACAAACAGCAUCUUUGUUCGUUGGUUUUAAUCUGGAAAGUGGAAGAUAUAAGCGCGGUUGAUGAGGAGGAUAUUAUAAAGUCAAUGGAAGUAUUGCAACCCCAUUCUAAUCUGAAGCAGUUGACCGUGCGGUGUUAUGUUGGUGUGAGGUUUGCGAGUUGGUUUUCUUCUCUCAUAAAUAUUGUUAAUCUCGAAUUAUGGUGGUGUGAGAGAUGCCAACGUCUUCCGCCCUUGGAUCAUUUGCCUUCCCUUAAGUCUCUUUAUCUUAGAGGGUUGGAGAUGUUGGAGUACAUAUCAGAGAAUGAGAGCAGUAAUAGUAUGAGUGAUGAGAUGAUGAGGAUCUCAUUCUUUCCCUCCCUGGAGACACUCGUGUUAGACAAUUGCCCUGUUCUGAAGGGAUGGUGGAGGGCCCACACUCAUAACAAUGCUGCUUCUUCUUCAUCAACGGAAAAUCUGUCGUUGCCUUCUUUUCCCUGUCUUUCUCAGUUGACUAUCAGGUAUUGUCCUAAUCUUACUUCACUGCCAGAAGGGAUUCGUGGACUCCCCUGUUUAAAUACACUGCAUAUUCAGCGAUGCCCCAUGUUAAGCGAAAGAUGCAAAAAAGAAACAGGUGAGGACUGGCCUAAGAUUGCUCACAUCCCACACAUUGACAUUUAUUAAGUCUUACGUGCAGUGAAUGGAGCAUCAACCAUUUGGAUUCAAUAUGCGAUGGCCUUGUUUACUGCUUGAUCAAGUUGUAUAUAAUUUUGCUUUUGAUUGUCGGGGUUUAGAUACAAUGUUCCCCCCAUUGUAUGUUUUUUCUUUAAGUAAUAUAAUAUGGGCGUGAGGGCCUAGCCCCCCAGCUUCGACUGGGUUCCAGCCCUCUUUAAA